AUGUCAACUCCUUUUUAUAAUUCUCUCUUUCUCCUUGCUUAUCUCAUAGAAAACCCUCCCAAUAGUUCAGGGAGUGCACCAUUGACCAAUGACUGGGCUAGUGAGGCCUUCACUCAUUGGUCACACUUGGAUACCACGUGGCAAGAGAAUGAAGCGGGGUUCUUGUCUGAGGAGGAGUGGGCACUGUUAGAGGAUAGCUUGUGGUGUGUCCUGAUGGACGUUGAUAUGGAGGAAGUCAAAAAUUCGAUUGAAGACUUCAAUUCUCUGGCGGCUGAAACGACGGAGCAUGGGGUUCAGGUCGACUUGAUUACAAUGCCAGGUUCUCCACCAGCUAGUGAUGAUGAAAGAUCGCGUACUCCUCAUCCUGCAGAUUAUCUUUCUCAAGAGCCUGGCCUCCUUUGUUCAGUUCUUGAAGCCUCCAACUCUCCUCCCCUGCAGGACUACGUCUUGGAGGGUAUCGCACCAUCCCUUUCCACUGAGUCUAUUGUAGAAGAUACCCCCACUCGUUCUCUUCAUCCUCAUGUGCAAGGUCAUGCAGUUAUGGCUUUGGAGGUGUCAGGUUCGACUGAUGCAAUUAUUUCAUGUGCUUAUGGUCUGGGCACCAGCACUGUUCGUUACGUUGAUUGGCGCUUACUUGCUGCAGAAGGAAUUCCUGAGGAAGAAGUCGUUAUUCCUGCAAAGCAUCGCCGUGUUGAGGAUUCGCCUCCCCAGUUGACUGCUGAAGAAAAAGGGAAAGGUCAUGCCAUGGCUAGUUCGUCUACUCCUGGCCUUCGCAGAGGUUGUCCCCAUAAUAUUCACGAAGAGUCUGCCUCCGUGACUCACAAACAUGGAGGUUUAGGUGAACCUAUCCCCAAGAAUGCACGUGAAAUCCAAAGUCCGGAUCUUCGUCCCAUUGACUUGAUCAUUCCUGAUCAAGAUUUUGGUGAUUACCUCGGUUGCCAAGGCACAUAUUUUAGAUGCGAUAUUGCCCACAAGUUCGGGCACUUUAUGAGUACGCCUUGUGAUGCCUGCAAGAAGGCCAAGGCCCAGUGCUGCAGUGUUCAGUCUGCCUCUACCAAGUGUGCGCGAUGUGCUAUUCACAAGCAUGAUUGCUUGGUAGAUGUUAACCAUGAAGUUAACAUUCUGGAAUGGGUCUUUGUCCCUCAACCUUCUAUCGUUACUGAAAUCUGUGAAUUUCUUCGUCGCAUCCAUCAAGAGGCUUGCAGAAUCAAUGCUUCUGACAGGCCUAUUCCCUCUUUGCAUCGGGCGGCCCAUCUUGACAAUGCCAAUUUAGUUUCUGAAUUAUUUGAGAAAGCCAUUGUCCAAAACGAGUCUCUAAUUGAUGACGAGGCUAUUGAAUCAAACGGUGAAGGUGAAGAAGGCGAUGACAAGGCCAAGGAGUCUAAUGGUGAGGGGGAGGACUUGGAUGAACUCGAAGAUUAA